AUGAAAACUCAACGACACAUAAAGCCAGCCGUAGCUGUGGGGUAUUCGGAGAGAUGCAUCAAGGAGAAAGCUCAAAUUCAGCUCCGCACAAUGUCGGAUGAGGAAAGGGAGGAGAGGGAGCUGGAUCUCAGCUUUCCUGAUGUUGUCACCAAAUACAAAUCCGCUGCUGAAAUUGUUAACAAGGCACUACAGCUAGUGCUGUCAGAAUGCGAGCCAAAGGCCAAGAUCGUUGACCUUUGUGAGAAGGGAGAUGUUUUUAUUAGUGAGCAAUCAGGUAAAUUGUACAAGAAUGUCAAGAAGAAGAUUGAACGGGGUAUUGCGUUCCCAACUUGCAUCUCCGUGAACAAUACAGUCUGCCAUUUUUCGCCAUUGGCUAGUGACGAGACUGUGUUGGAAGAUGGAGAUAUUGUGAAAAUUGAUAUGGGGUGUCAUAUAGAUGGAUUUAUUGCUGUAGUUGGUCACACCCAUGUAAUUCAGCAAGGACCAGUUACUGGCAGGGCAGCUGAUGUUAUUGCUGCUGCCAAUACAGCCGCUGAGGUUGCUUUAAGGCUUGUUAGGCCAGAGAAGAAGAAUAAAGAUGUCACUGAGGCAAUACAGAAAGUUGCUGCUGCUUACGACUGCAAGAUUGUCGAGGGAGUACUUAGUCAUCAAAUGAAGCAAUUUGUGAUUGAUGGUAACAAAGUUGUCUUAAGUGUCUCGUCACCCGAGACACGAGUUGAUGAAGCUGAAUUUGAAGAAAAUGAGGUGUACUCCAUUGACAUCGUUACAAGUACUGGUGAAGGCAAGCCAAAACUAUUGGAUGAGAAACAAACAACUAUAUAUAAAAGGGCAGUCGACAAGAACUAUCACCUAAAGAUGAAAGCAUCUCGGUUCAUUUUCAGCGAGAUAAGCCAGAAAUUCCCAAUCAUGCCAUUUUCAGCAAGGGCUUUGGAAGAGAAGCGCGCUCGUUUGGGCCUUGUAGAAUGCGUGAAUCAUGAUCUUCUACAGCCUUAUCCCGUACUUCACGAAAAACCCGGUGAUCUUGUUGCCCAUGUCAAGUUCACUGUUUUGCUAAUGCCAAACGGGUCAGAUCGAAUCACUUCUCAUCCUCUACAAGAACUGCAACCCACAAAAACAGUAGAUGAUCCGGAGAUUAAAGCCUGGUUAUCAUUGCCCAUUAAGUCUAAGAAGAAAGGUGGAGGCAAAAAGAAGAAAGGUAAGAAAGAAGAUAAAGCCAAAGAUGAUACAGCUGAUGCUGAGCCAGUGGAUGAAGCCGAAAAUGGUUUCUGUAGACUCGGCGGCGUAGCUGUUCAGUAG